GGUUUCACUGCACAACAAGAUGGCGGCGGCGGCGGCGAGCGGAGCUGGCGGGGCUGCCGGGGCCGGGGCGGGGGGAGCCGGGCCGGCCGGCCGCCUGCUGCCUCCGCCCGCCCCGGGGCCCCCGGCCGCCCCCACGUCGGUGCCCCCGGCGGCCGGCCCGCCGCGUCCCCCGGCCCCGGCCUCCCGCGGGCCGGUGCCUGCCCGCAUCGGCUACUACGAGAUCGACCGCACCAUCGGCAAGGGCAACUUCGCCGUGGUCAAGCGGGCCACGCACCUCGUCACCAAGGCCAAGGUUGCCAUCAAGAUCAUAGAUAAGACGCAGCUGGAUGAAGACAACUUGAAGAAGAUCUUCCGGGAAGUUCAGAUCAUGAAGAUGCUUUGCCACCCACAUAUCAUCAGGCUUUACCAGGUUAUGGAGACAGAACGGAUGAUUUAUCUGGUGACAGAAUAUGCUAGUGGAGGGGAAAUAUUUGACCACCUGGUGGCCCAUGGCAGAAUGGCGGAGAAGGAGGCCCGUCGGAAGUUCAAACAGAUUGUUGCCGCCGUCUCUUUUUGUCACUGUCGGAACAUUGUCCAUCGUGAUCUAAAAGCUGAAAAUUUGCUUCUGGAUGCCAAUCUGAAUAUUAAAAUAGCAGAUUUUGGCUUCAGUAACCUCUUCACUCCUGGGCAGCUGCUGAAGACCUGGUGUGGCAGCCCUCCCUAUGCGGCGCCUGAGCUCUUCGAAGGAAAGGAGUAUGAUGGGCCCAAAGUGGACAUCUGGAGCCUCGGAGUCGUCCUCUACGUGCUCGUGUGCGGGGCCCUGCCCUUUGACGGGAGCACGCUGCAGGACCUGCGGGCCCGGGUGCUGAGCGGGAAGUUCCGCAUCCCCUUUUUCAUGUCCACAGAGUGUGAGCACUUGAUCCGCCAUAUGCUGGUGUUGGACCCCAACAAGCGCCUAUCCAUGGAGCAGAUCUGCAAGCACAAGUGGAUGAAGCUAGGGGACACGGAUCCCACCUUUGACAGAUUAAUAGCUGAAUGCCAGCAGCUAAAGGAGGAAAGACAGAUGGACCCCCUGAAUGAGGAGGUCCUCCUAGCCAUGGAGGACAUGGGACUGGACAAAGAGCGGACACUACAGUCAUUAAGAUCAGAUGCCUAUGAUCACUAUAGUGCAAUCUACAGCCUGCUGUGUGACCGGCAUAAGAGACACAAAACCCUGCGUGUUGGAGCACCUCCUAGCCUGCCCCGAGCCGUGGCCUUCCAAGCGCCAGUCAGCAUCCAGGCCGAGCAGGCUGGCGCCACGGUGAACAUCAGCGUCCCCCAGGUGCAGCUGAUCAACCCGGAGAACCAGAUUGUGGAGCCUGAUGGGACAUUGAACCUGGACAGCGACGAGGGUGAGGAGCCCUCCCCGGAGGCGCUGGUCCGCUACCUGUCCAUGCGGAGGCACACGGUGGGGGUGGCUGACCCGCGCACGGAAGUCAUGGAAGACCUGCAGAAGCUCUUGCCUGGCUUUCCUGGAAUCAGCCCGCAGGCUCCAUUCCUGCAGGUGGCCCCUAACGUGAACUUCAUGCACAACCUGUUGCCCAUGCAAACUUUGCAACCACCUGGGCAGCUUGAGUACAAGGAGCAGUCCCUCUUACAGCCGCCCACCCUACAGCUGCUGAAUGGGAUGGGCCCCCUUGGCCGGAGGGCAUCGGAUGGAGGAGCCAACAUCCAGCUACAUGCCCAGCAGCUGCUGAAGCGCCCACGGGGACCCUCCCCACUUGUCACCAUGACACCAGCAGUGCCAGCGGUUACCCCUGUGGACGAGGAGAGUUCGGACGGGGAGCCAGAUCAGGAAGCUGUGCAGAGGUACUUGGCAAAUAGGUCCAAAAGACAUACACUGGCCAUGACCAACCCUACAGCUGAGAUCCCACCGGACCUACAGCGGCAGCUAGGACAGCAGCCUUUCCGUCCCCGGGUCUGGCCCCCUCACCUGGUACCUGAUCAGCAUCGCUCCACCUACAAGGACUCCAACACCCUGCACCUCCCUACGGAGCGUUUCUCCCCUGUGCGCCGGUUCUCAGACGGGGCUGCGAGCAUCCAGGCCUUCAAAGCUCACCUGGAAAACACGGGGACCAGCAGCAGCAUCAAGCAGCUGCAGCAGGAGUGUGAGCAGCUGCAGAAGAUGUACGGGGGGCAGAUGGAUGAAAGAACCCUGGAGAAGACCCAGCAGCAGCACCUGUUAUACCAGCAGGAGCAGCACCAGCAGAUCCUCCAGCAGCAGAUUCAGGAUCCCCUCUGCGCUCCACAGCCCUCCCCACCUCUUCAGGCCGCGUGCGAGAACCAGCCAGCCCUCCUCACCCACCAGCUCCAGAGGUUAAGGAUCCAGCCUUCAAGCCCACCGCCCAACCACCCCAACAACCAUCUCUUCAGACAACCCAGUAAUAGUCCUCCGCCCCUGGCAGGUGCCCUGAGCCAGUCUCACGGUGCUGCGUCUCCCUCCCACUUUCAAGGCCUGCCCCCCUGCAGUGCAAUCUUCCAGCAGCAGCAGCCUGAGAACUGCUCCCCUCCUCCCACCAUGGCGCUCACCUGCCUGGGCAUUCAGCAGCCCACCCAGUCCCAGCAGGUGACCAUCCAAGUGCAGGAGCCCGUUGACAUGCUCAGCGCCCUGCCAGGGGCGGCCGCAGGCCCUGCUGGGCGGGGCAUCUCCAUCAGCCCCAGUGCCAGCCAGGUUCCGAUGCAGCACCGCGCCAACCUGAUGGCCACCUUCAGCUACGGACACCGACCCUUGUCCAAGCAGCUGAGUGCUGACAGCGCAGAGGCCCACAGCUUGAACGCGAAUCGGUUCUCCCCUGCUAACUACAACCAGGCGCAUUUACACCCCCAUCUGUUCUCGGACCAGUCCCGGGGUUCCCCCAGCAGCUACAGCCCCGCCCUGAAAGUCCCUCCACUUGACCAAGGUCCCAGCUUCCCUCCCAGCGCACACCAGCAGCCACCGCACUACACCACGUCGGCUCUGCAGCAGGCGCUGCUGUCCCCGACCCCGCCGGACUACACGAGGCACCAGCAGGUGCCCCACAUCCUGCAGGGACUGCUCUCUCCCCGGCACUCGCUCGCCGGCCACUCGGACAUUCGCCUGCCCCCAGCAGAGUUUGCGCAGCUCCUUAAGCGGCAGCAGCGAGAGUACCAGGAAUUGUUCAGGCAUAUGAGCCAGGGGGAUGCUGGGGGCCUGGCUCCUGGACCUGGGGGACAGAGUAUGGCGGAGCACCAGGCUUUACCGUUUCAAAGUACCGACUCGUAUCACCACCACCGCCACACCAGCCCCCAGCAUCUUCUACAAAUCAGGGCGCAAGAAUGUAUCUCCCAGGUCUCGCCACCCGCCGCGGCCCACGGGUAUGCCCACCAGCCGGCUGUCGUGCAUCCGGAGAGCAUGGAAGAGGGGUGCUCGUGCGAGGGGGCCAGGGACGGCUUUCCAGACAGCAAGAGUCCGAACCCAGUGACCAGAGGCUGCCAUGACAGCCCCCUGCUCUUGAGCACUGGCAGACCCGGGGACCCUGAAUCUUUACUGGGAACUGUGAGUCACGCACAGGACCUGGGGCUGCAUCCCUUCCGCCAUCAGCCAGCGGCUGCGUUCAGUAGGAGUAAGGUGUCCAGCCGAGAGUCUGUCACAGGGAACUGCAGGGAGAGAAGUUCUCCAGGACAAGCAGUGGGGCCGCCAGACCACAGUGGACUUGGGUACCCAGCACGCCCCUCGGUCAGUGAGCACCACCGGCCCCGGGCCCUGCAGAGACACCACACGAUCCAGAACAGCGACGAUGCUUACGUGCAGCUGGAUAACUUGCCAGGAAUGAGUCUCGUGGCUGGAAAGGCACUUAGUUCUGCCAGGAUGUCAGACGCGGUUCUCAGUCAGGCCUCACUCAUGGGAAGCCGGCAGUUCCAGGAUGGAGAGGAUGAAGGGUGUGGGGAGAGUCUGGUGGGUCACGAGCACCCGGGCCUGCCUGAUGGGAGCCAGCACGUCGGCUCCUCUUGCUACGCGUCCACAUGCAUCACAGACAUUCUGCUCAGCUACAAGCACCCCGAGGUCUCCUUCAGCAUGGAGCAGGCUGGCGUGUAACAGGAGUGCAGAGUGAGUAGCACCCUGGCCAGGCCCCAGCCGGCGCCAGCUCCCGCUGGGAGGUUCCUCUGUGCCACCACCGGCCCGUGAAGUCAACAGCGCGCCUCUUACCCUCGCUGUCCUUGUGUCUUUCUGCUCUGUCGUUAAGCACUGGGCUGGUUGCUUUGGGGUGUAGGUAACCGGCGCGCGGAGGAAAUGCUGGCACUGUGCCUUGGUUUAAUGAUGGGGGAUAAGCCACAUGUGUUCAGAUACCACAGCUUUCAUAGAGGCAGUGAGUGAGCCACGGCUUCAGGUCUGGCCAGGGUAAUAAGGAUAGGAGGCGUCCUGGAAAUCGAUCCCAAAGGAUGACAUCCAGCAAGAAAAUGUGUCCAGCCGUGUUUUUAAGGCUGUGCUGCAAGUGGUAGACUAUUCCAGGCAAGGGGAGCUAUGUGAUCAGAGGCAAGUGGCAGAAAGCAAACAGACCAGCAUGGCUGGAGCGGUGCCUAAAUGUACAUAGCAGGUUGCUUUGGUUCUGUGACGAGCUCUUAGGCAGGAAGACGUGAAAGUUCAGCCAUCCGGCAGACCCACGUCAGGGCCUCUGUGUGGCAGACCCUGUAUGCCUGAGGUCAGGGGAGCCGGUUGCAGUUUUUGUUCUCACUUGGCCGUCUGAGUCUUUGCAGACUAACUCUCCCCC